AUGGUGGAUCUGACGUCGUACCUAGUGCUGGGCGUGGUGCUUCUGCCACCCAUUCUACGACGAGCACAAAGACUGUCUUUGACGAUGCGCACAGCUCGUCACUCAAACUCACUACCAUCACCGCCACCAAAGUUUUUUUCGAAUGCUCGAUUGACACCGUUUGCCUCGCCCUUCUCGACGACGGUGUCGAUGGCGUCGUUGCUAUUCAUCCUCAUCAGCUGUCGCAACCUCAUACCAGCCCAGUAUGGCAUUGACCUGUUUAUUCCAGCGUCGAUCGUCGAUGCUCUGCGCAGGUGGCUACAUACGCUGUACCCGGCUCGCCACAGGUCUAGCUCAAGCUCGAACGUGUCCGACAGUGCGCCGAUUCACAUUGACGCCUUCCGCGGUGGCUACAAGCCUGACCUUUUCCUGGCGUACAAUGCGCCCAUCACAAUACCCACAACCACGCUUCGCAAGCUUAUCAACCAAACGCCGUCACUGCUACCCAUGGGGCUGCUCACGCCAUCCAGACGGGCGGAGCUGCAAGCGCUCAUUGCUCGGCUUUCAAGCUACGAGGGCAGGCGAAUCUACCUCGUCCUGGGGCCUAGACCGCUCCUCGAUUGUAGUUUUUGCAAGACGACCAACGACCACUUUUGGUAUGCACUUGCUUUCGUCUUGGCAUCGUAUGCGUGGCGCAUUGUGGCGCUGGGCUUGCUCACCACGCACCCGGACGACUCGGUAGCUGUUGCGAUUCGCCAGGCUUGUUCUCUACUCACACUUGGUCGGCGUUCCUCAUCGCUCCCUUGGCGGUCGAGCGCGAGAGGCAGAAGCACAGAAGCAGAUCGAAGCACAUGGCGCGUAUCAUCGCUCUUGGUGCUCUUGUCUCUACUGGCUGUGGAGCUGCUUGUCAUGUUGGAAUUUGGUCAAGUCUCCUCCGAGAUGUCGCGUUGGAAUCAUUGGCAUACCAACCUUGACAUUCUUCGCCAGCUCGUAUUUGGCGCUCUCGUUUGCGUCAUCUACCUGUUCCCCACCCGCAGAGUGGGCGAUGACUUUGAGCAAAGCGUGCUACAUCUCGAUUCGACCCACCAGAAUCUUCAGAAUCUUCUGCACAUCUCACAGCUCCUCCAAGUCGCACGUACUGUGGUGUUGCAAGAUGAGCAGCUCCUCGAUACCGCCAGCCAGUGGAAGCGUAGCAGCGACAGAUCCGCAGCUGAUCUCGGUCCGAUCUCAGCCGACAAGAUCAUUAGCACUGCUACAUCACGUGGAGGACGCGCCGCGACCGAUCUCAUCGCACAGGCUCAGGCGGGGAUUCACAGGGUGACUCGAUCCUGGUGGCGCAACGCCGAGCUUGUCAAUCGGCAACUGGACCAGCAGGAUGAGUCGACCACAACAUUGUCUCACGAUCAAAGCGUGCCGUCAACGUAG